AUGGCCGCGACUGCUAACGGCGGAGGAAGAAGAGGUAGCAGCGGCGGCGUCGGAGACGAACCCCUGGAGAAGAUGACCGAGAUAAGCAAAACCCUAAAAGAAGGGGAAAGGAUUCUGGCGCCAACCCGACGGCCCGACGGUUCUCUUCGAAAACCCAUUCGGAUUCGCGCAGGUUAUGUGCCUCAAGAUGAAGUCGCCAUCUACCAGUCUAAAGGUGCCUUGUGGAAGAAGGAGAUGGAAUCACAGCAGUCAGUACCUCCGGGUUAUGAUCCCGUAGAUGCAAAGCCAAAGUCCAAGGCAGCCAAGAGGAAUGAAAGAAAGAAGGAAAAGCGACUUCAGGCUGCUCUUGAGAAAGGCAAGAACUCGGAAGGAGUGUCGGAUGUGGAUGUCGAAAAUGAAGAAGUGCAGUCUACUGAAGAUUUAGAUCAUACAUCCAAAUCUGUUGAAGCAUUGACAUCUCAGAUGAAAGCGAUAGCUGUUUCAGCAAAUUCUAUUGGAGUAACUCCUCCAGUAGACUCGUCAGAAGCUUCAUGUCCCGAGCCUGCCAUCCAGGAUAUUGAUAAAAGAAUCCGGGCUCUAAAAAAGAAGAUUCGGUUGGCAGAAGCUCAGCAGCAGCAGAAGAACGCUGCAGAGAACGCGAAGCCAGAGCAGUUGGAGAAGUUCACGAAGCUGGAAGGCUGGCGCGAGGAGCUCAAGCUCCUGGAAUCUACAAGGGCCGAGCAGGUAUCAUCCUGA